AUGGUUGCUUCGUUCUCGCCGCACCGUGACGCGGGGGGGACCCUUCACUUUCCUUCGCCCUCUGGACUCCAUUCACACACCAACUCUGCCCUCAACCAACUUCGCCGCUCGCUUUCCAGGUCGCCGUCAAAAGGGGCGGAUUUUCGACUUCUUUCGCCGUCAAGGUUCCAUACAUCGCCUGGGAAACACGCCCAGUUCAUUUCCUCAAUCUCUCCCUCGAAGCGAGCUUCAUCUCAAGGAAAUUUAUUCUUCGUUUCCUCCACAAAUUCGCCGCCGGUCGCCAUUCCCUUUUCCCCAACCGCUAGGAUUCACCGUCCUGGAAUUCGUCGCUACGGGAGUCUCUCAUCAACAAGGUUAAGAAUGAUGCCCUCAAGCCCCGCAAAACGUGCUCUCGCUGAGUCGCGCGAUCAUGGGAACGCCGGAUCGUCCCAGACUAUCGCUAGAGAGCCAGCGGAGAAUAAACCGGUCUUACCUGCGAUUGUGACGGAACCUCAUGAUUCCCAGGAAAAUUCGACGACUUGCACGACUCCCACAGAGUCGCUCGAUGAAACUAUGGUUCCAAAACUUGUCCCCUCGCGGAUAGAGAAAAGACGUAGUGGGAAUUUCGGCUCAGUCAGUCCCCUCAAACGAGGAGACGGGCUGAUGAAUUUGGACCAACCGAGUUUCGGAAGCCCUGUGGCUAAACGAAGAAGUGUUCACGGUGCCAACUUUGGCUCUGAAUUCAAUCUUCUUCAAGAUAAUAACGAAAGUCCGGACACCCCUUCACCAAGUGACCCUAGCGAACAAGAAUCAAGUACACCCCUAUUUCCGCAAACCCCAUCCCUAUUCUCCAACCUCCCCAAACGGUCAUCAUCACUACGAAAAUCCACUUUGCAACAACGCCAAAACGAUCGGCUCCUUUUCUCCCGGAAUAGGGUCAAUGUCGAUGAAGCACCUGAUAUUUCACCUGCAACUCCUGCCUUGCGGAACCGCCAGCGUGCGUCCGUAGAGAGCAAUAUUUUUUCUCCUGCUAAACGCGAUAGCUUCACACCAUCUACUGGCAUCUUCGCAAGCACGUCAACUCCCACUCCCUCUCAUUUCACCGGGUUUGGGCAGCCGGUACCUAGUGCCCACCCGCUGUCAAGGACUAUUACACAGUCCUCAUCCAGCUCCAGUUUUGCAGAUGAUUCUCCCACACAUGCACCGGCUCCUGCCAGACCCGGAAGCCCGCGUCCGAUCUUCAAUUUCUCCAAAUCUCUCCCCGCUGGUACCUCUAGGCCACUCGUAUCAAGCCGUCUGCAGCAUGAAGAAUCUAAUAUAUCCGAUUCUUCAUUUGCAACACCUGACAACUACCGGCUUGUGAAGCCUCUUCCAGCGGCGUUCAUGUCUACUGGUCUUAUAUCGAAAAAGAACCGAAACGCUGCCGAUGUUCAUACCGCAUCAGUUACCAGUAAGAAUAUGCCCGAUACACCCUGCAAGCGAACCUCAACUAUGUUGCCAGCGCGCAAACCUUUUGGUCAAUCUAUCGAUGGUGAUUACAAUUUCAGGGCCGCGGGUUCUCCUUGGACGCCUACUAACACGUCCACAAUCACCGGCAAAAACAGUGCGCCGAAAGGUAUGGGCAUUUUCGGGAGAAGCUUUGUUAAACCUACGAUUUCCCGACGAGGGAGUAUUGUUAGUGUCGACGGCGACGAAGGCCCGCAUUCUCAAUCUCCAUCCAUGAACCAAGAUAGCCAGUUAACAAUGGAUUUGGAACUCCCCCCAACCCCGACCAAAAAAGCCUUUGGGUCUUCAAUAUCCCAGUUUUCUGGUUCUCAAGCAAACGGUAGCGACUAUACGCCUAGUUCGAUAUUUGAAGUGGGAGGAGUUGUGUCUGGACCCUGCUCGAGCCCACUCAAUCGUAAAUCAAUUGAUCACAUGUCUCCCCAUACUCCUCAAGAACACCAAGCGCAUGUUUUGCCGCCUGAUCCAAGCGGCCUGUCGAUCUCAGCGUAUGGUGACCACACUUCCAGUCAGGGGCCUUAUUCCCUUAAUCUGCCGGCUACUCCAACUGGUCCCCGAGAAUACUUUCCCCAUCUUGGGAAGCGCUCCACUAUUUCGCUUGGAGGCUACAGUGCGCCCGAAGUUGAUCCAUGUCUAACUUCCCGUUUUGACAAGGUCGAGCUGAUAGGAACCGGUGAAUUCUCUCAAGUGUAUUGCGUGACUGAACGACAGCCAGCAACUCCAUUCGUGUCAGGAUCAAGGAAACCGGCUUUUCCACAACGCUUAUGGGCCGUCAAGAAAUCGAAACAACCUUUCACCGGAAUCAGGGAUCGUGAAAGGCGAAAUACUGAAGUGGCAAUAUUGAAAGCAUUGGCAAAUUCAGAUCAUAUUAUCUCUUUUUCUGACAGCUGGGAAAACAAUAACCACCUUUACAUCCAGACUGAAUUUUGUGAAGAAGGGAGCCUGGAUGUUUUCCUUUCGCAAGUAGGACUCAAAGCAAGACUCGACGAUUUCCGCAUCUGGAAAAUACUCCUGGAACUAUCACUGGGCUUGAAAUGUAUCCAUGACUCUGGGUUCAUUCAUUUGGAUUUGAAGCCCGCAAACAUUUUGAUCACAUUCGAAGGCGUUUUGAAAAUUGCCGACUUUGGUAUGGCAACUCGCUGGCCAGCUGCCGAGGGCAUUGAAGGUGAAGGUGACCGAGAAUAUAUCGGCCCAGAAGUCCUCAUGGGACGGUACGAUAAGCCGGCAGAUAUCUUCGCACUCGGUCUUAUUAUAUUUGAGAUUGCUGGCAACGUUGAACUGCCUGAUAAUGGAGUAUCAUGGCAGAAGCUUCGAAACGGUGACAUGAGCGACGUCCCAAGCUUGACAUGGAGCUCCGAAACUAGCAUCCUACGCGAUGCAUCGGGAAAUCCAUUGCCAAAUAGUUGUUCAUUUGAUGAUUUAUGUUCCUCAGAAGAGCCACUCACGCUCGACAUGCUGUCAGAUGAACAGAAUGUGAAGCGGAACCGACCACAUCUGGUGUCUGCCCGCAGCGGUGAGCUUUCUGACCCUCCAGCCUUCAUGGUUGAUCCCAGCAAUGACGGAGCCCUCGAUAAAAUUGUCCGGUGGAUGAUAUCCCCUGAUCCGACCGACCGGCCUGUGGUCAAUCAGAUUAUUCAAUCUUUCGGAGUCCAGUGGACCGAGCGGCGUCGGCGUGCAGGUGCUACUAUCUUCGAAGGCAACUGGGGCCCAGCCGACGAAGUCCUGGUUGAAGAUGCCGAAAUGAUUGAUGUCUGA